AUGGCCGGAAACUCUUACAUUCUUCGAUUCAAGGAAGACGCCUCUGAUGAUGAGGUCUCCAAGACCAAGAAGGAGUUGACUGAUUCUGGAGCUGAGAUUACUCAUGAGUACUCUUUGAUCAAGGCAGUCUCUGUUAACCUGCCCGAGACCGAGGUUGGGACGUUCGAGGCCCACGAGCACGUUGCUGGCAUUGAGAAGGAUCAAGAAGUGAAGGCUCUCGACAAAUGA